AGGCGCGCGCAUCAGGGAGCGAGUGCGCACGCGCGGAGGGAGUCGCCCCCUCCCCCGGCCCCAGAAAGGCGGGAAAGGCGCCGCGGCGCUCCUGCCGCCUUCGGGCUCGGGAGGAACGAGUCUGGCGCCGCGCCGGGACCAGAGUCGCCUCUUCCGGGCGCAGCGUGUCUUGACGCAGCCUUCCUUGGUGCCCUUCCUCCAGGGGGGCCUGGCCUGGCCUCCUCCGGCUCCCAUGAACCCGCCCCAGGCAGCGUGGCCAGGGACCAAGGCGCGUCUGGGCGGCUCCGGGCCCGGCGCCUCCGCAGGCCCCCUGCUGCCGUCAAUUGCAAAUGUUUGUCGACUACGCUUGACCCUGCCCCCUGAAGAAUGCUCGCUUUCUCAGGAAGCAAAAAAUAAGAAUGAAAGAACAAAAAAGCAACUCUACCAUGUUCCCAACGGAUUAUCUGCAAGAAACUUACCACAUGGUGUGGUGUAUGGUGUGGUGCACAGAUCGGACGAUAAUCAUAACAAAGAAAUGGUGGUUUAUGGAUGGUCAACUCAUCAGCUGAAUGAAGAAAUGAAAUAUAUAAGAGAUGUGAGAUUAACAUUGGAAAAAGUAAGAAAGAAAAUGUAUGGAGAAUAUGAUGAUAUGAAACGGAAAAUCCAAGAGCUUACAAAUGAACUGGCAGUAUCAAGCGCUCAGCAGGAAUCAUUGGAAAAUCACGUACAAGUGCACUCUGCAGCUCUGGAUAGCUUCAAUGCAAUGAAUAGCUCAUUGACCUCAGCCUCAAUUGAGUUGCAGAAAACUCUAGUUGAUGUUACGUUGGAGAACACAGUUAUAAGAGAUCAGAUAAAGAAUUUAAAACAAACACAUGAACAGUCCAUGGAAAAACUGAAGGAAAAAGAAAAACAGCUGGAAACUGCCAGAGUGGAAAAUGAAUUGCUCAAACUCAAGGUGGAAUGUUCACAAGAAGCAAAUGCAGAAGUAAUGAGAGAGAUGACCAGAAAACUAUAUAGUCAAUAUGAAGAAAAGCUACAAGAAGAAGAACAGAGACAUAAACUUGAGAAAGAAAUCCUCAUGUCUGAAACAAAUAGACUGCUUACAGCCAUUGAAGAUGCAAAUAAGAAGAUGAGACUUACAGAGAUGAGUUUACAGGAAAAAGACCAAAGAAUUGGUGAGCUGGAUCAGUUCAUUCUGCGCAUGGAAGAGGAACGCCAUCAACUUCAAAAGCAACUAACAGAGUAUGAAAUACAACUUCAUGGAACAAACCUUCACAGCCAGUCAGGCAGAGAGAGGUCACACCAGUUGGAGGAGGUUACAACUAGUUUGCGAGAACGAAUCAAACAUCUGGAUGACAUGGUUCUUUGCCAACAGAAGAAGGUCAAGCACAUGGUUGAGGAGAUUGAGCUGCAAAAGAGAAAGAUGAAGCAAAAAGAACUGUUUAUAUUACAACUUUUAGAAAAAAUAUCAUUCCUUGAAGGAGAGAAUAAAGAAUUACAAGACCGUUUGGACUACUUGAUGGAGUCACAGUCAAGGACUGAUGUAGAAACCAGAGAUGUUGGAGUAGGGUGUAAUCUUCCACUGAGGAAAUUUAUGUCUAGACUUCCGGAUAAAGGUAAAAAGAUAGCCGAUUUUGCUGAGAAAUUGAAGAUUGCCAUCUUGCAAGAGGAAGAAAUAAGGAGAACAGCUGAGCUUUUAUCUGAUGUUAGAUUAGAGUUCCAGGAAAAACGAGAGGCAAUUGAAUCUAGCAAGCAAAAAACUGUUGUCAGCAGCAAGUCAGCAAGUCAAGAUCCUUUUCUUAUUUCUGAAUAUCCUGCUCCUUGUGUCAACAAUGAGGUCAAGUCAGCUCUGCAGAAGAAACAAAGUGUCUUGACGAAGAAAACAAGCAAAGCAAAUAAAAGUGAAUCAGCAAAGCAAACUCUUGAGGACACCAAUAUUCCUCAAGGAAACAAAACUGUUUCGGAGGGAUCAAUAGCCAGGCUUCCCGGAGAGGUUAAGGAGGCCCCUGGGCACAAUUCUGUAAGCAAAGAUGAAAAUCCAACGCAGUCUGCAAGCAGGAACAGCGAAGCACUGGUGGACGUCUUUGAAAGAAUGUCUGUUGGGAAGGGACAGUGGGGAAAAAUCUCUGAGGAAGGGCAGAGAGGCCAUCCUUUUCAAAGCCUUCCAAAUACACCACCAAAACCUCCACAUUACACUGAAGUGCUGGAAUGGAGAGUGAAGAACCCUGUGACAAAGAGAAGCAAUUUUAAAACCAACAUAUUGCCGGCUGAGUCAAGUAGAUUGUUUUGUGCCUCCCCAACUAUUUCUUCAGCCAGAGGUCCCCCCUCUUCAUUUUCUGCAGAGGAAAGACGCCGUAGAGAUAAGAAGCACUUGGAUGAUAUCACAGCUGCACGGUUACCACCUCUUCAUCAUGAGCCUAUGCAGCUGCUAUCCCUAGAAGAUUCAAUAGCGAUUCAAAUCCAACAGAAAGAAGCAUAUGAGGAAAUGCAAGCCAAGCUUGCAGCCCAAAAGCUUGCAGAAAGGCUUGGUGUUAAGAUGGCCUGCUAUGAGCCGGAGGGGGAGAUGGUCAGCAGCUACAGAGAAGUGAGGGAUGAAGAAUGCGACAGCUCAGCCGAAGACUGAGUCCAAGACAGAACCUGCAAGUGGACCCUGGGGUUUUACCUGAGGUGUUGUAAAGACUUACAGCAAAUCACAGUGGUUCUUUUCCUUGUGGGCUGCUGCAUUCUCACCCAAGGAUGUUAAGAGUGCUCACUUGCCAGAGGCCCUGGACAAACCAGCGCACUGCAGUGCUUUGCUCUUGCUUGCCAAGCAAGCUGGAUCAUUUUGGGAUCUUGUAGGGCACAGAAACAGCAGUUCACAGCAGUGUGCCUCAUUGGGCUUGCAAAGGAGUACAUCGACUCGACUGUGUCCCACCUCUAAAAGGACAGUGGUGAUACAGGAGCAGCCAAGUCAUGCCAUUUGCCUUCAUGUCUUUCCUGGGGCUGCUUCCAUACGAAUGCGGGAUGUAAAAGGUUACAAUAUUUUCUAUUUCCAAAUAUGCGUGUUGUGAUUCUAUAUUUUUACCUGGCCUUAAAAUUCAGGAACACAUGUUUCAAUGUGUGUCUCCUUGUGAUCCCCAGGGAAGAAAGGCUUCCUUGUAAAGAUGUAUUUUAAAUUGCUGUGAUAAAUGUAACAUACCAAGUUGCGCUACCUGUGAAGGCAUCCUUUGGAUCUGGGCUGGCCGAACUCUGGGUGCAGGGUGUCUCUCUCUCUGUUCUGCAGACCUCUGCUCAGAGGAUGAGGCGGUCCCACCCUUUGCAGAUGGAGCAUGUGAAACACAGAGUCCUGCUGGGUUUUUUUUGCUGCCUCUUGGCCAAACUUUGGUAAGAGUCACCGUUGUUGACAGGGCGGGGGAGGGUAGAUCCAGCUCUUGGUCAAGCAAUGGAGAAGGGUCCUAAUUCACCUGCUUUACAUGCAGAAAGCCCCAGGUUCAGUGCCUAGCAGCAUCACCACAUGGGGCUGGGUAGGUUUCCCGGUCUGAAACCCUCUGCCAGUCAGUGUGCCCCCCCCCCCAAUUUUGACCACUUAAUGUAUUCAUUAUUUCCUGACUGACUCCUCCCGCAGAUCCCCGACUGUGAAUUUGUGAUGACAAAAGGUUAUUGUGACCCCUGUCCUCACCCCAUUUGUCCUUUUUUGUAAUAGUCAUGCCCACUUUUCGAGGUAGGCCCUGCUCAGUGUGAAAUGUGGUCCCCAGAGGGUUGGCAACUAGUCAGUGUGGCCCUUGGCCUGAAAAUGUGCUAAAGAAAGGGUGCUCUGGAGUAGUGUCACUGAAGUUAAUGAACCGGAACUGCUCUGAGUAGGAGUUAGUUGGAGACAAGCACCUGUUCUGUGUCAUCCGUUGUCCCUGCUGCCAGCCUACUAAUGGCUAGUAGGUGCCAUAAAAGAUAGUGCCUCAUUCGAUCUUUUCUGGGAGCUUCUGAAAUUCAGCACAGUUGAGCUGGUAUGCCUCAAAGGCUUUCUUCUUCCCGCCAUCUAGCCCUGAGCAGAUUCCUGGCAGUGGUGUCUGCAUGGCAAUGGAGCCCUGGUGGGGGUCUUCCUUUCCCAGCCCCUUUGCCUAACACAAUGAAUGCCAGGUUAGUUUUUUUUAGCAGAAUUCUGCUUUCAAGACAGGCUUUCUCGUGAUGGUGGUAGAAUCCAUCUUGGGGUGCAGCACACUUAAAAAUCUUAAGUGCAUAAACUGACGCUCAUAUUGAGUGCACUUUAGGCUCGGGGCGGGGGCGCUUAGGAGUGGCACAGCCUCGUCCCCACCCAAAGGGUACAUCUGAUCAGAAUAGUGGUAGUGCUUGUUUCCUCAUCCAGAAGCCCAGAUCACUUUCUGAGAUUUUGUUUCGCUUCUCAUUAGUCUCUCUCUCUCUCUCUCUCUCUCUCUCUCUCUCUCUCUCUCUCUCUCUCAUCCUCAUCCUGCUGCAUCAUCCUCUGCUUAUCCCCCCCCCCCUGCACCAUUUCCUCUUCCCACUUGCUGCCCUCCAAGCCCUCGUCCCAGAUCCUUCCUGGAGCCUUUAAUUCUGCAGGGUUUUUUCCUUGGGCUCUUCUUGACUUUGACUUUGGAGUUUGCUGCCUGCUCCUUUCCCUCCACUUUCCUAAAGCCUUACCCAGUUGGGGAUACAUUUGCUCAGCCGUUGGCAGGCAGGUGAGGUAAACAAAACAUUUCAUCUGAUAACUGCGUUUAUGAGUAAGAAUUAGACUACGUUAUAAGGUCAGUUUCUAAGACUUGCACAUAAAACUCCAAAAGAUUUAUUGCUUGGUGGCGGCAAAUAUAUAGCCUACAUAUAUACAGCCUGCGUAUAAUCAAUCACACAAGCACACCUGCCCUACCUACUCCUGUAUCCGUCUCAGCCAUGGUCUCACCCCCGUGGUCUCACCCCCGUGGGACUUGCACAGGAGGAUACCAUGACAGGUUGUGCCUCACUUGUAGAGAGUGAGAUCCGUCCACCCUUAAUGGUACCCUAAAUUCAUCACCCCUCUUUGCUUCAUAGUAUAAUGAAUCUCACCCUAAUUAUAGUCUGUCUUGCUUUUUUUCCUUAAAAAUGAAGGUUAAGUGCAGGAAUUUACUAACUUCUAAUUAAUCUGGUGGAAAACUUUCUUUUCCUGACCCAUAUAAUUAUGCACCUCCUUCUGUUCUUUCUUACUUAAUUUUUUUUCAUGUUAAGCCCUUCUGAUUGUCACCGCACCAAUUGUAGCAAGGUUUUAAUGAUAGCUGAUGAUAAAUGUUAGUUUUCUUCAGACUGAAGGUAGAGUCAUAUGUCAUGUCUAAAGGCUCUUCUUUUUGCAAGCCAAGCAGGGUUUGGUUUUUUUUUUUUUUUUGUGGCAAAGGGCCAGGAAUUUUCAUGAAAGAAAACAUCAAAGUUGUAGAAGAAAUGAGAAUAUUAGUCAAGGAAGAUUCGCGGGGCUGCUCUCUGAUAACCUCUGCUAACGGACUUCAGAACUAUGUGGGAGCAACUUAAACAAACAUCUGGACACCAAGUUUAGCCAUCCCCAGUGACAGAACCCAGACAGAUCUUCUGGACUUGCAAUAAUAAAUAUCUUGGGGAAGCCUCCAUGAAUCAACUUUAAA